UCAAGAAAGUCAUAUAAACAGCAUCUCCGCUGCCGUGCUAAUGCUCUAGGUGGUUCACAAGUCCACCAACCUAACCUUCCUGUCCUCUUUGAGACCAGCUACCGUGCAAAUGCUCCAGGUGGUUCACAAGUCCACCAACCUAACCUUCCUGUCCUCUCUGAAGCCAGCUACUGUGCAAAUGCUCCAGGUGGUUCACAAGUCCAUCAACCUUACCUUCCUGUCCUCCCUGAGGCAGGCAUCUCCAAGAUGGCAGCCCUCCUCUGCUCCUUAGUGGCACUUUCUGAGAAAGCCGCCAAUCUUGCCCGUAUCAUCCGCUCGGAGAAGGCCCUCUUUGACCUCCUGGUGGAGGAGAAGAAGGGAGAGCAGAAGAACAAGAGGUUCCUCCAGGACUUCAAAACGCUGGGUGACGUCUUAAUCCAAGAGAUGAUAAGACAUGACAUCGCUCAAAAGUUUCCCAGCCUGGAGGACAAUGUCUUUGGAGAGGAGAGCAACACAUUCACCAACACCCUUGGGGAGUCCAUCACAGUAGCUGUGCAACCCACCGAGGCCCAAACAUGUACUCUCCUGACCAAGGUGCUAGAUGGAAAUGCUUGUGCUGCAUCGUUAUUAGCCAAGGCAGUUCAUCAGGAGAUUCACAUGCCACCUGAUUCAAGACUGGAUAAUUUAAGCGUAGAGGUGGAUUUUGAUUCUCUGGGAAUUUGGAUUGAUCCUAUUGAUGGGACGGCGCAAUACAUCAAAGGGCGUAGUGAGGACACACCAGCAGACGGUAUACACGAAGAAGGUCUUAAAUGUGCAAUAAUACUAAUAGGAGUGUUUAAUAGAAACAAUGGGGAUUCACUGAUGGGUGUGGUGAAUCAGCCAUUUGACAUCAUUGACCAGGGCGACCGUUGGCGAGGUCGUCACGUCUGGGGUGUAAGCUGUGGGGACACUCAGGUCAACUCCCUCCCGUCCAUGCCAGCAAACAACGACCCCUCUACCCCUGGCAUCUCGGUCAUACUCAGCCGGAGCGAGGAGGAAGACAUCAAGACGGCCCUUCGCCCCAUCACGGACGGUAAGGUCAAAUAUGCGGGCGGGGCAGGCUACAAAAUGCUGUGUACGAUCGACUAUUUGGUCGACGCCUACAUACUUUCUAAGGGUAGUACGUUCAAGUGGGAUACGUGCGCCCCACAUGCUAUUCUUAAAUCAAUGAAUGGAGGGAUGGCGAAUCUCGCAAAAGCUCUGGAGAUUUAUCGAGAAUUUGUGAAGAAGGGGAGUGGAGAUGGUUCAGAUUCAGCUGGUCUGGAUCUGAGAGAGGCGGAGUUGAGGUAUGAGGAGCCUGAUGCCAAUGGGAGUAAAGAAGCGGGACAGAAGUGGGCUAAUGCGGGGGGGAUAGUCGCCUAUCGGAGCAAAGAUGUGCUAUUACAAGUCCUGGAGACACUAUCAAAUUAUUCCAACUUGUAAAGAUCACUUCUGAUAUGGGGGCUAGGGGGUGGGAAAGAUGGACCAAACAGUGUGUGUUUUGGGGGGAUAGUCAAUCAUCGAAGCAAAGAUGUGCUAAUAGGAGUCUUGAAGGCACUUUCAAAUUAUUCCAACUUGUAAAGAUCACUUCUGAUAUGAGGGGUGGGGGUGGGAAUGAUGGACCAAACAGUGUGUGUUUUGGGGGAUAGUCGUUUAUCAAAGCAAAGAUGUGCUAAUAGAAGUCUUGAAGACACUUCCAAAUUAUUCCAACUUCUAAGGAGCACAUUGGAGAUGGGUGGGGGUGGGAAAGAUGGACCAAUCAGUGUGUGUUUUUAUUCAAAGCAAUUUAAAGUUUGUGGUCUUGGUUACUGUGGUUUAGUGGUUAGACUGCAGGACUUGCAAUCACAAGGUUGUGGGUUCAACUCCUACAUGUACCAAGCUAUCAGCUGAUUCCACAUUGGGUGUAACAUUUAUUAUUAAAAACUAAAUCAGGACACAGCGCACAAUGUGCCUUCCCUGGUUGCGUUGGUUAGUGGUUAGACUGCAGGACUUGCAAUUACAGGGUUGUGGGUUCAAAUCCUACCAAUUUAA